GUAACCAAUACACGGAGCAAUAUAAUACAUUUAUUUGUUCCAAAUAAUUUUCGUCAAGUAAAUAUCAUGGCUAAAGUAAGUGGUAUUGUUGUUGUUUGUCUAAUUGGACUCAUUGCAUGUACAAAUAUGUUUUCCAUUGGAGCUGCGAACGAAAUAAGCAAUGGUGCUAUGCGUAAGGAUUUGCCCUUUUGUGGACAUGGAGAUAAAAAUUGCAAACCAGUAGAGUCUAACACCCCAUAUACACGAGGAUGCAACGCCGCUGAUCGUUGUCGCGGCGGUGAUGAUAAUGGUGGUUCUCCUGGUGCAUAAAGAAUAACAUUUGACAUGCAUUAAGGAUCACAGGGAGGUGCAUGUCUUUUCCACGAACGUCUACAAGACAUCUCUUAAAAAAAUAAGGCUAUGCUUUUAUUAUACAAAGCUUAGAAAAACAUUAUGAUUAAUUGUACUGUAUAUUACUUAAAUUAAAUAAUGUAAUGCUAUAGAACAUUAUUUGUAGAUAAACACAAGAAUUGUAUUACAUCCUUAUGUGAAUUUAUGAAUAAACUUGUUAAGCUAAGAAUAUUCUUAAUUGGAUUGAAAUUUUAAGGUCUGAU